UCCCCGCGAAACGAUAGCAGAUCGCAAGUUACGAUGCCGUCGCUGAAAGACAUCCUACACAAGCGCGACGAGUUCAACACGCCCAAACCCACACCUAAUGCCUCCAAAGACACCACCCCGGCAUCUCCACCGCCACCAGAAAUCAGAUUCGUGCGCUCCGACACUUUCUCCCAAGAAGUCGUCACCCCGCCGCCCGAUCCGGGGCCCGGAUUGUCCCAGCCCUCCUCCGUAGAGACCGACCGACGGUCCUCGCGCAGGAGCUUCCAGUUCUUCCACCGCUCCUCGCGAUCGCCUUCUGUCUCCAGCCCGUCUCCGCCCCGUCCGCGCAGCGAGCGCCGACUCUCCAGCCUGCUGCACCUCGAUCACCGGCGCAAUAGCAGGGACUCACGUCCCUCGUCGAUCAAUAUUCCUGCGGAUCUACCGCAGAUCAGCGAUGACCAGGGCGCCGAUAAGAAUGACUGGGAGGCGCAGUGGGAGAAACGCGCGACCGUGCUGGUGCAGCAGAACCCGCAGUUCGGGCUGUCGGGGUUGUCGCCAUCGCCGCCUCGGCCUUCUGAGGGCGAAGACAUGCUGCAGGUUGGGCUGCAGCCUCGAUCGAGGAGCUCGAGUCAGAGUCAGAUUGGAGACCCGCAGGAUGAUGUUAAUAUCCAAGAGGCGAUUCGACUUCAUGAAUCCGGAGACCUGGAACGAUCAACCAAAAUGUUCAGCCAACUCGCCGACCCCAAUGGCGUAAACAACCCAUUAAGCCAAGUCCUCUACGGACUAGCUCUCCGACACGGCUGGGGCUGUCCACAAGACCCUGGACGAGCAGUGACAUACCUGUCAGCCGCAGCUUCCAACUCCGCCGCUGUGGAAGCCGAGGCCCUGCGCGCAGGCAUCAAGAAGGGUGGCGCCGCGAAAGGCGAGCUGGUCCUCGCCAUUUUCGAGCUGGCCAACUGCUUCCGCAACGGAUGGGGCGUCAGCAAGGACCCGGCUGCGGCGCGGCAGUAUUACGAAACGGCAGCGAAUCUGGGCGAUACUGAUGCUAUGAACGAGGUUGCUUGGUGCUAUCUUGAGGGAUUUGGUGGAAAGAAAGACAAGUUCAAGGCGGCCAAGUAUUACAGAUUGGCUGAGACGAGUGGGUGUCCGACUAUGGGAAAUUCAUGGAUUUGGAAAGAAAAAUACAACCCCAAGUGA